AUGAACAUCCAGAGGAAGCCUGGAGACUGGAACUGCAAGAACUGUCAGCACCUCAACUUCAGCCGCCGUGAUUACUGUCAGCGUUGCCGUGACCCACGCCCUGACUUGCAGUUCAGUGACGGCUAUAGCACGGGUGGUGUGCUGACCUCCCUGGACAUCCGCCCAGGGACUUCCCAGCAGGACAAGGUGCAGGCGGCGCUGAGGGUGACUUUGCUCGCGGACGCGACAGCGCCGCAGUUCGUGCUGGGUGGAAAGCUGGCGACUGGAUCUGCACAAGGUGAUCAGACUAUUUCUGCUUCCUUUCAGCCUGGUUGCAACGUGCACAACUUUGCUAGUAGGAUGGAGUGCUAUAGGUGCAAUGGACCAAGGGAGGCAGGCACCGGGAAGUAA